AUGACAAGCCCCGAACCACCGAAAAAGGCCUCCAUCACCACAGAUAAAGUACACCUCCCACGCAUCACAAUCCAAUACUGCACACAAUGUAAAUGGAUGCUAAGAGCUGCCUAUUUCGCCCAAGAGCUCCUCUCAACCUUCAGCACCGACCUGGGCGAGGUAGCCCUCAUCCCGGCCACGGGGGGUAUCUUCACAGUAACGAUAUACCAUUCCCCGUCAACGGAGACGGGGACACAGGAGACGAUCUUGUGGGAUCGGAAGACGAAUGGGGGGUUUCCUGAGGUGAAGAUGCUCAAGUCGUUGGUGAGGAAUGUGAUUGAUCCGUCCAGGGACUUGGGUCAUACGGAUCGGGCGCUGAGGGCUACUGGUGUGUCUGUGAAGGAGGGAGGUGAGAAGGGAGAGGGGGACCAGAAGGAGUGUGAGGAUUGUCGGUGA